AUGAAAACGAACAAUAUGUCGAAAAAGUCUCUAGUGGGUAGCUAUACGAUACCUCAGGGGCUACAGAAUGAGUUAGCUCAAGAGUACAAAGAGAACGAUUCUAUUUCCUCACAAGAUUUGAAAAACAACAUCAAUCAGAAUGACUAUCAAAAGAAAAGAUUCGAAAGGAAAAUUGAUCUUGAGUCAACUCAAAGCUAUAAGAAAUUGAUGGAGCAACGUGCAUUUGAAAGAGAUGAAUUUAGGGUAAAGAAAUUGAUCAAGGAAAAAGAAGCAAAUGGUGAACAAGCCAAAUUACUACCAAGAAAGAGAAAGAAGAGGUGGGAUGUGACUCCAGAAGAAUGGCAAAAACAACAAACUUCCGUCAGUGAUUUAGUUUUGAAAGAAAAGGUACCUAUAAUCAAUGGGAUUCCAUUGAAUAAUAAUGUGUUAAACAAAAUUCUUCCUUCUGGAUACAGAAUAGUUCCUCCACCUCCAGAUUACAAGCCGUUAGAUCCAAGUCUAGCGCCUGAUAUUACAGAAGCACCUCCGGAUUAUUAUGUACCCCCCUCCGAGGAAGGAAAUCAGAUAAUUGCAAGAAAUACUGAGUAUAGUGGUGUACCGCUUAAGGAGGUAGACAUGAAAUAUUUUGGGAAAUUAGUGCAGCCUGACAAAGCAUCUGGCCAUCAAACCAACGAACAAAAGAACGAAUUGGAAAUACUAAGCUUACUUCUCAAGAUAAAGAAUGGCUCUUUGCGUUCAAGAAAACAUUCUCUUCGAAAAUUAAUAGCCAGCUCCAGAAAAUAUGGCCCAAAACUUCUAUUCAACCAAAUAUUACCGAUUUUAUUAGAACCAUCUUUAGAUAUUCAAGAGCGCCAUUUGUUGGUCAAAGUUAUUGGUCGCAUACUAUUUCAGCUCGAUGAUCUUGUUCGCCCAUAUACCGACAAAAUAUUAAUAGUAAUAUCACCCUUAUUAAUCGACGAAAAUUUCACAAUGAGACUUGAAGCAAGAGAAAUAAUAUCAAGUUUGAGUAAAGCAGCUGGUUUGAGUAAUAUGAUUUCCAAUUUAAGACCAGAUUUAGAUCAUGUGGAUGAAUAUAUCAGGAAUAUAACAUCCAGGGUUUUUGCAAUCGUGGCAAAUACGUUAGGGUUGGUGAAUUUCUUUCCUUUCUUAAAAGCAGUAAUCAAAUCUAAAAAAAAUUGGAUGGCUAGACAUACUGGUGUUAAAAUUAUUCAACAGUUGUGUGUUAUGUUAGGUGGUGGUAAUGGAAGUUCUAUUUUACCUUACUUACCUCAAUUAAUAGAACUUUUAAAGCCAGUUUUGUCUGAUGAGAUGUUACAGGUUCGUACAAUGGCAGCGUCCACGGUAGCACAAUUGGCUGAAAGUGUUAAACCAUAUGGGAUAGAAUCUUUUGAAAGUAUUUUAGAGCCAGCAUGGAUUGGAUUGAAAAAACAUAGAGGUAAAGGUUUGGCAAGCUUUUUGAAAUGUAUUGGAGCAGUUAUCCCCUUGAUGGUGCAUGAUCCAAAUUAUGAGGAAUACUCAAAUUAUUACACUAAAGAAUUAAUGUAUGUUAUUACCAGAGAAUUUCAGUCACCGGAUAAUGACAUGAAAAUAGCUAUUUUAACUAUUUUAGCGAAUUUGCCCAUGUCCAAAUCGUUAUUUACAAAAUAUGAUACUGAGGUUGUUCAGCCAUUCUUCAAAUUUUUUUGGAAUAGGAGAAUUGCAACUGAUUCACAACAAUUAAGUAGAUUAGUGGUAGAUACUACAACUCAGCUUGCACUUAGUUUUGAGUUUCUCGAUAUAUUGGAAAUGAUUGUUUUAUUUACAAAAGACGAAAAUGAAAAUUUAAGAAAGAUGAGUUUAGAAGCUAUCAAUAAAAUGAUUAUCACUGGAAAAGAUGAAUUGAUAGGGUUGGACUCACAUCUUGAGGCAAGAUUGGUUGACGGUAUCCUAUUUGCAUUUCAAGAACAAACGAUGCAGCAAAAUAUAUAUUUGCAAGCAUUUGGGACGGUUGUGAAAACUCUUGGAAUUAGAGUCAAACCACAUAUGAAUUCUAUCAUAAGUACGAUUUUGUAUCGUUUGAAGAAUAAAUCUUCUGAAGUUAGACAACAGUCAUCAGAUUUGAUCACCACCAUCGCUCCGGUUAUCAAAAUUUGUUCCGAAAAUGAUGAACAGAUACUACUCAAGUUGGUUUUAAUAUUAUACGAAUCAUUAGGUGAAGUAUAUCCUGAAGUAUUGGGAUCAAUUUUGAAUUCUCUUUACGCUUGCAUUGAUUCCAUUGAUAAAACAUCUUUAUAUUUAAUGCUGAAUCCUUCUCUUAAUCAAAUAUUACCAACUUUGACCCCCAUUUUAAAGAACAGACAUGAAAAAGUUCAGGAAGCUUCAGUUAAGCUUGUUGGAUUGAUUGCCAAAAAAAAUGCUGAAACGAUAAAUGCCAAAGAAUGGAUGCGUAUUUGUUUUGAAAUGUUGGACAUGUUGAAAAGCACGAAGAAAAGAAUUAGGAUUGCAGCUAAUAGAACUUUCGGAUAUAUUGCAAAGACAAUCGGACCACAAGAUGUACUUGCAAUGUUAUUGAACAAUUUGAGAGUACAAGAAAGACAACUAAGAGUUUGUACUGCGGUUGCCAUUGGGAUCGUUGCUGAAACUUGUGAACCUUUCACAGUACUUCCAGCUUUGAUGAAUGAAUAUAGGAUUCCCGACAAAAAUGUUCAAAACGGUUUAUUGAAAGCUCUCAGUUUCCUAUUUGAGUAUAUUCAGGGAGAUAUGAUUAAAGAUUAUUUAUAUGCUAUAACUCCAUUACUAGAAAACGCAUUAACUGAUAGGGACUUGGUACAUCGGCAAACUGCAGCUGCAGUAAUAAGACACAUGGCUCUUAAUUGUAUUGGGUUGACAAAUGAUGGAUAUUUCGAUGUAUUUAUUCAUUACUUGAAUUUGCUAUUACCAAAUAUCUUUAUAACUUCUCCCCAUGUAAUCAGUCGUGUUUUGGAAAGUCUUGAUGCAUUAAGACUCGUUCUUGGGAAUGGUACUUAUACAAAUUAUGUUUGGGCAGGUCUAUUCCAUCCUGCUAGAAAAGUGAGAGCUCCGUAUUGGAAAAUGUAUAAUGCUGCUUACGUACAAAAUAGUGAUACUCUAGUCCCAUAUUAUCCAAGGAUAGAUAAACUUCCUGAUGAAAGUAAUUUUAACUACGAAAUUGAGGAACUCGACAUUUUCCUAUAA